AUGUCGUUGACAGCUAGUAGAGGGAGGAGUCUACGAUCUGACUUAGAGAUGUCUUCAGCAAAUAACUUGAAGCCAUCCAAUGUAGGUCAGAAGAAGAUUAAGCAAUUCUCCACAAGGUCCAGAAGCAAAAGUGCAGCAAGCUUCAAAGGGCUGAAUAAGCUUCGUCGGGUCCUAACUCAUGAUGGUACCUACGAGGUUGAAGACUAUACCCAGCAAAGGCCGGAUGUCAUGAAGAAGUCGAAGAGUUCAGAUUCAUUGUCUAGAAAACGCGCAAUUAGCGGAUUAAGCAUGACAGCGCUGGGAAAGGCCAAAUCGAAUACUGGAUUGAGCAAUUUAAAUAGUGGGAACACGCCGGGAACGCUGUACGGUGGCCUUAAACCCCAAAGAAGAGAUAGCAAGAAAGCUGUCCUACAGCAAAGAGAUGGAGAUGAAAUGUUCGAUGAUCAAUCUACUACAGAUGAAGAGGUGGAGUAUUUCACUGACGAAGAAGAAGAACUGCAUCAACAUGAACAACAUCCGCGCCCAUUGCAAGAGGAAAGCGAAGAUGAUGAGAUUACUCUCGACGAUCAUAAAAACGACUUACAACGUCCGGAGCCCUCCCAAGAGAAUGAUGAUUUUUCAAGGAAUAGCAGUAAUAGAACACUAAUGAAUCAACUCAGUUAUAAAGUUCCUUCAAACCUCAGAAAUGAAAAUGAGGAUCGUAUAGAUCAAACCAAUGAUGAGGACGACAUCAUCAGCGCUAAUAGUAAUUUCGACAUGGUUGCCCACAGUCUCAUUCGUCAUGGCCCAUCAGCUCGAGACCAAGAUAACAUUUAUAACAUUGGCAAUCAAGAAGCAAACACGGCAAACAAAAAUGGAAACACGAAUAAUAGCGACCAAUACGUACCAUCGAUGAUACUCUCACAGUCAACAGGGGUUGAAAAACAUUUUGAUAAUUUGGUCAACGGAGGUGUGAUUCCUGAAGGUCUGCCACUCAGCAAUAUGAACGGUAAUGGUAAGCCGCAUUCAAAUAAUUUUAAUUAUAUUAACAAUGAUUUUGCUGACUCCAUCAAAAGUGCAGAUGAUUCCAUAUCCGCGAAGGUCAAUCAACCAAAGAACGAUUUCUCUACUUCUAUCUCGAGCCUCUCGAGUCAUUUGCAUAAGCCACCGACGGGGAAUAACUCCAGUCGUCUCAAUCCAUUGCCUCAUCAUCGUAAUUCUCAAAGCUCACUGGCCAGUAAUAGUACGCAUUCACUAAAUGGCGAAUUGAAUCAUCAAAAAUCUGGCCGGCUAGACUCUUUAGCUAACUUCAACAAUUUCUCAAAAUUCUUACAAUCGGAUAGCUCAGGAGUCGAGUCUAGGACUCAACAAAAGAUGUGGUUACAGAGAGAAAACUCAAUCAUGGAUCUUUCGGCACAAAAUUCAAACUCAGAUUCGGCUUUUUUGGCAUCUAAUAUUGAAGUCAAGAAAGAGUUUGAAAGAAUAUCUCGAGAGUACACUAAUGUUCGAAGAUUUAGCAAUCCUGUUAAUGAGUCUUUGAACAGAAUUGCUACUAAAAAUAGAAUUGACAUAAAGAAACAACGGAAUGGUCCACAAGCUGGUGACGAUAUUUCUAAGAUAUUCAAAAAUGGUAACUCUAAAGAAAAGAAGACUUUCCAAGAAUUGUAUCGCCAAAGCUCGAGUCGUGACAUCGACAUUCAAAAAACUUUAACGAAGAUAUGGAAUGACGAAAGUGCCAAAUUUAAUAAAAGUUCUAGUGUGUUCAAUGCUAACGAUCAUGACAGUAAUGGUAGCUUCUCUUCCGUACGGCCCCAUGCGCGCCACUCGAUAAGAAGUCAUAACGGUUCCAGUAGUAGCUCAAAGCAUCAAAGAACCAUAAGCUCUUUGCAACCUACUACGAGGGCUGUCCAUCGGAGAAUGGAAAAUGCUAUAAACCAGCAACGUUUAUAG